CCCAUAGCGCUGCACCUGCAGGGCGGCGGAGAAGGGGUGGCGGGGAAGGGGCGGCACGGAACGGCCAAGUUUACUCUGGUAGGGGGCAUCUGGAGGCGGGUUGUGCGGGCGCUGAACCGCAACGUGCUGCUUUUCGGAGCGGUCGCUGGAUCCGUGCUGGCCGCCUUGACCGUCCUGUUUUACCACCUCUACGGCUGGGAGUUUUUGGAGCACGCCUAUCUCUACCACCUGACCAGGAGGGAUAUCCGACACAACUUCUCUCCCUAUUUCUACAUGUUGUAUUUAACUGCAGAGAGCAAAUGGAGUUUUGCCCUUGGGCUCGCAGCUUUCCUGCCACAGCUGCUUCUGCUCCUGGUGGUGUCUGUAGCUUUUUACAAAGACCUUGUUUUUUGUUGUUUCCUACACACCGCUAUUUUUGUGAGCUUUAACAAAGUGUGCACAUCCCAGUAUUUUAUCUGGUACCUCUGCCUUUUGCCUAUCAUAAUACCUAAUAUUAAAAUGUCCUGGCGUCGUGGCAUUCUGCUGCUCUUUCUGUGGUUUUCUGGGCAAGGCCUGUGGCUUGCUCCUGCCUACUUUCUGGAGUUCAAAGGUUAUAACACUUUUUUAUUUAUAUGGCUGGCUGGCUUGCUUUUCCUUUUUAUCAAUAGCUUCAUACUUGUACAGAUUAUUUCACAUUAUCAACGGGAAACACAAGUUGCCAAAAAAGUCAAAGAACAGUAAUAAUAGACCAAAAUUCAGAAACAGUGACAUUGUCUUUAGCAAGGCUUUUCAUACCAGCAGCACUUUGAUUAACAUAAAUGUGUACGUUAUAUAAUGAAUGGUGUAUGUAAGCAAUGCUCUGUUAGGGCUCCAAGGGCAUUCAUAGGUGUUAACUGCAGCAAGCAGCCACUGGCCUACUCUGAUAUCUGUCUGCAAGGGAACCCACCUGCCACGUGGACUAAAACUGCAUUGUAGCCUUGACCUGGCUGUCUGCUGCUCAUGACUGAAUUCACUGGAGGGACCCUAGACCUGGUUCAUCAUGUGUCACAUCUGGUGCUGCAGGUGGACUCCAUUACCUGCACUCAUUUCUGUCUGCUGUUGCCAGAUGUGGUGGGGCUGUACCCAGGCCACUGAGGGAAUGGCCUGUGCUAGGGGCUUCUUUCUGGCUCAUGACUUCCUACAGUGCAGCCCCAGUCAUACUCAGCAAUGCCCUUUUUCUCAUUGUUACUGUGCUCUGUCUCUUGUUAAGGACUACAGCUUCUGUCUAAGAAAAUACAGAAGAGUAUAGUCAUUAUAAUAUAAUGGGAUAUUGUGAGUUUGAUGGUCUUAUACGUUCCAGUAACUGGGUGAGGGGUUUUGGAAGGAUUAAGCUAACAAAUAAAUACAAAAAUAUA